AUGUUGCAGAAACCCGAGAGCGGGGCUCUCCCCAUCCCUCAGGCGGAGAGGGAGAUGGAUGGCAGCCAUGACGGUGAGACCCAGGCUCUGACCGCCUCGCAGGAGAUGGCCCCGAGCCCCCUGCUGCAGGAGAGCCCCGAGGAGGACCUUGGCGCUGUAAGGGAGGAGGGGGCUACGGAACCCUGUCUCACCCCGAGAGGCGCGAGGGCUUUGGCAGCCAAAACCUUGGCCCGGCGUAGAGCCUGCCGCCGUCUGGAUCGGACGGUAGCCGAGUUGGUGCAAUUUCUGCUGUUGAAGGACAGGAAGAAGAGCCCCAUCACUCGCUCCGAGAUGGUGAAAUACGUUAUCGGAGACUUAAAGGAUCUAUUCCCUGAGAUCAUCGCAAGGGCCGCAGACCAUCUGCGGUAUGUCUUCGGUUUCGAGCUGAAACAGCUUGACCGCAAGCACCACACUUACAUCCUGAUCAACAAACUAAAACCUAUUGAGGAUGAGGAGGAGGCUCUGAGAGGAGAUGGCCCCAGAUUGGGUCUCUUAAUGAUGAUCUUGGGCCUUAUCUACAUGAAAGGUAAUAGCGCCAGAGAGGCACAGGUCUGGGCGAUGCUGCGUCGGUUGGGGGUGCGUCCCUCAAAGUAUCACUUCCUCUUUGGGUACCCGAAGAGGCUUAUUAUGGAAGAUUUCGUGCAGCUGAGAUACCUCAAUUACAGGCGUGUGCCUCACACCAACCCACCGGAAUGUGAAUUCUCUUGGGGUCCCCGAAGCAACUUGGAAACCAGCAAGAUGAAAGUUCUGGGGUUCGUGGCCAAACUCCAUAAGAAAGAACCCCAACACUGGCCAGUGCAGUACCGUGAGGCCCUGGCAGAUGAGGCUGAUAGGGCCAGAGCUGGGGCCAGUGUGAGGGCUAGGGCCAGCACCCACCCCUGGUGA